GUUUCUUUGUCACUGUAAACAAGGAGCAAGUUCUUCUCCCAGCUCUCUGCUUCACCAAUGCCUCGCCAGAAGCUUUCAUCACUCAUUGAUGCCAUCUGUAACUUUGUCAUCUGCAAUGAUGCUUCCCUCCGAGGACAGCCAAUCAUCUUUAACCCUGACUUCUUUGUGGAGAAGCUCCGACAUGAAAAGCCCGAUGUUUUCACUGAGCUAGUGGUUAGCAAUAUCACCAGGCUUAUUGACCUGCCGGGGACAGAAUUGGCUCAGUUGAUGGGGGAGGUCGACCUGAAGUUACCCAGUGGGGCUGGCACUGCAUCAGGGUUCUUCAGAUCCCUCAUGUCUCUCAAACGCAAAGAAAAAGGAGUUGUGUUUGGAUCACCAUUGACAGAAGAAGGCAUUGCUCAAAUAUAUCAACUGAUUGAAUAUCUACACAAAAAUUUGCGAGUAGAGGGCUUGUUUAGAGUUCCGGGAAACAGUGUACGACAACAAGUAUUAAGGGAUGCUCUUAACAAUGGUGCUGAUGUUGACUUGGAGUCUGGGGAGUUUCACUCAAACGACGUGGCCUCUCUGCUGAAGAUGUUUCUGGGGGAGUUACCAGAGCCCCUUCUGACCCACAGGCAUUUUCAUGCACACCUGAAGAUUGCAGAUCUCAUGCAGUUUGAUGAUAAAGGAAACAAGACCAGCAUCCCGGAUAAAGAACGCCAAAUUGAAGCCCUGCAAUUGCUCUUUCUGAUUCUUCCACCACCCAAUCGUAAUUUGCUAAAGCUGCUGCUUGACCUUCUCUACCAGACAGCAAAGAAGCAAGACAAGAACAAGAUGUCAGCCCACAACCUUGCCCUGAUGUUUGCUCCUCACAUCCUGUGGCCAAAAAAUGUCACUGCAAAUGACCUUCAGGAGAAUAUCACAAAACUGAAUAAUGGGAUGACUUUCAUGAUUAAACACUCUCAGAAACUUUUUAAGGCUCCGGCUUAUGUUCGGGAAUGUGCCCGGCUGCAUUAUCUGGGCUCGAGGACUCACGCAUCAAAGGAUGACCUGGAUCUGCCGACCUCAUGCAGUAGUAAGGACUUUCCACUUUCAAAAUCCCAUAAAAGGACCCGGAUGAACACUUGCUUCCAACAGGAAGAGACACAGCAGCGUACAGAGGAGGCUCUGAGAGAGCUCUUUCGACAUGUUCACAACAUGCCUGACUCAGCGAAGAAGAAGAAGCUCAUUCGACAGUUUAAUAAGCAGCCAACAGCUCAAACUCCAGGAGCAGAUGAAUUUACUCCCCAGUUUCAGAAACGGACCCGUUCACGCUCCUUCAGUGGACUUAUUAAGCGGAAAGUCCUGGGGAAUCAGAUAAUAACGGAAAAGAAAAAUAGGUGUUGUACUCCAGAAUCUGUGGAUAUUGGUGAAAUGAACAGAUCCAGCAAAGAAAAUGUGAACUUAGUUUGUUUUGGAUCUCCAGCACUGAAGGUGACACCAGCAAGGUUAAAAUUAUCUGAAGGCAAGAAAGAAGGGAGAAAAGGAAUCCUGUAAAGGAAACCAGAAUCCUCAGGCUUUCCAACCAGGAGUCUUCCAUUUAGUGCAAGCUAAAUGGGAGUCACCAUAUCUCCUUAAAGCAUGGACUUGCAGCCUGCCUCCUGCAAUUUGAUUUUCAGAGCCAACUAAUGCUACGACUUGAUUGUUACCUCUAACUCUACUCACUGGAUGAUUAUUUGGAAACUGUGCCUUAUGAGAGAAUAUUGUAAACUUGUGGAUGUUUUCAGUUUUUUAUUAUUUCAAAAUAUGGGGAAACCACUAUCUAAUAAACAGCUUACACAACAGGAUGAAUAUUUGGAAUAAAGUGGGCAUGAGAGCUCGUGCA